AUGCUCCACACCGCGAAGGAGCAACAACCCGACCCCACGGCCGCCGCCGCCGCCGACGGCACGACGACGACCACCACGACCAAACAAAAGCUGAUCUUCGCCCCGGGCGACAGCGGCGCCCUCGCCUCGCAAGCCUCGCAAUUCCACAAAGGCGCGCUCGACCUCGGCGACCUCUCCCCCUCGCCGCUCACGCAAUUCCACACCUGGUUCGGCCAAGCCUCGGCCAGCGCCGCCGUCGCGCACCCGGAGACGGCGACGUUCGCCACGGCCGAGCUGCCGUCGGGCCGCGUCUCGGCGCGCGUCGUGUACAUGAAGGAGCUGGACGACCGCGGCUUCGUCGUCUACAGCAACUGGGGCACCAGCCGCAAGGCCAAGGACGUCGCGAGCAAUCCGCACGCCGCGCUGACGUUUUGGUGGGAGGGGCUGGAGCGCCAGGUGCGGGUCGAGGGGAGCGUCGAGAGGCUGAGCGAGGAGGAGAGCCAGGUGUACUACGAUACGCGCAUUCGGGGGAGCAGGGUGGGCGCGUGGGCGAGUCGGCAGAGCGAGGUGUUGGAGGGCGGCAGGGAGGAGUUGGAGGAGAGGGUGAGGGAGGUCGAGAGGAGAUUUGAAGGCCAGGAGAAGAUCCCCGUGCCGCCGUUUUGGGGUGGCGUCAGGAUCGUGCCGAGUGAGGUCGAGUUUUGGCAGGGGAGGGAGAGCAGGUUGCAUGAUCGGUUUAGGUACACAAAGGCGGAAGGGAAGGAGGCGGGAUGGAAGGUGCAGAGGUUGAGCCCGUGA